AUGGAUAGUGGUCAAGUAUUUAUUAUACAAGGUGAUAUACAACUGCAAGGUUUAGUUGCUCUCGUUAUUCAUAUGAACAAUGAAGUUUUCUAUUUGAAUGUCGAUGUGAUUCCAAAACAUACUUCUCGUUCUAAUUCUGGUUGUAGCACUAGUUCUGGUGCUAGUACUUCUCGUUCUUGUGUAAGUGAAAGUCCUAAGCUUGUAAGGACGGUCGAUCAUGAUGCGGACAAGGCCAAGCCUCUCAUUAUCGAUGAAUGGAAUUAUAUUUUUGACAAGAUUGGUAGAGAAUUUAUGGGUGGUGUUAAAGCUGUAAGGAUUGUUGUUGAUAAGUACAAGAUGGCUACUGGUCACAAGGUUGUUAUUCUUAAAAAUGACAGGACUCGUUUUACUGCGAAGUGCGAAGAAGAUGGUUGUGGUUGGAGGAUUCACUUUGGGCCUGUGAAUGGUGACAUUUCUCGGUUUGUACUGAAAUAUUCUAAUGUUAUUCAUAGGUUGAAGAGUCCUGCAGUGCUAACCAAGUUAGUUAAGCAUUUGAUCGCUGACAAUAUACAUGGUGAUCCCACUUUAAAACCCAGACAGAUCAUGUCACUUUUUAAGAAGACUUAUGGGUCCAAUAUUAAGUAUCACCAUGCCCGUAGAGGGAAAGAAGCCGUAUUUGAAGAACAGUUUGGUGACGACGAGAAGUCGUAUAGCGAUUUAACUUGGCCCAUGAUUUACUUGGACGCUACUUUCCUUACUGGUAGAUUCAGGGGUACUUUGAUGGCUGCAACAUGUAUUAACGGAAAUGAUGGUUUUUACCCAUAUGCCUUCGCUAUUGUGUCUACUGAAAACAAAGAUAAUUGGUUUUGGUUUCUAGAUAAUCUUAAACAAGUUUUCGAUGGUCGUCCGAUUGUUUUCCUUAGUGAUCGUCAAGAAGGACUUUUGCAGGGCAUUCCAAAAUGCAAUCUCCCUAUUGGAUCAGGUGAUGCGAAUUCCAAGGCCUCCAUUGAUUUUUUUUACAAAGCUAUUUAUUCUUACACAACAGCUAACUUUGAAGAAGCUUUGCGGGGCAUGCAUGCAAUUGGUUGUGGACAUGUUGCUAAUUAUAUCAGGACUAUUCCAAAGGAGAAAUGGGAAAAUUCAUUUUUCCAUGUAUGCAGAUAUGCUGCUCACUCUUCAUCUAUUUCCGAGUCAUUCAAUAACUGGAUUCUUGAGUUCAAAAAGCUGCCUGCUUUUGCUCUUCUCGAUGCGAUACGUUUGAAGGUUAUGCAGAAGAAUUAUGAGAGAAGGAUAGAAGGUCUUGUGAAUUUCAACACUAGGCCCACUCCCGUAUACGAUGCUAUACUAAAGGAGAACAUCGACAUUGGUCGUACUUGGACUGUUAUUCAGUCCAUGGAAAGAUUAUAUGAAGUCAAGUCUCCCCAGUAUCAUUCUGUAGAUCUAUUGGAGAGAACUUGUACGUGUCACAGGACAUACCAGGAGAUCAUCUUGCCAAUCCUCAAUUAUGACAAGCCGCAGUCUUAUGAUCCUAGUGAUAGGAUUAUUGUUCCUAUUCUUGUUCCUCCACCCGGUAGACGAAAAGCACAGCGUUUCAAGAAUGCUUGGGAGAAGCAAAAGAGACCUAUGAUGUGCACAAAGUGCUUCACCCUUGGUCACCACAACAGAGCUACUUGCCCCAUGCUUUGA